UGCUCCUCAGUCCUCAUCAGAAACAAAAAAAUAUAGACUUAAACAAAAAAAAAAACUAAGACAGAGUCAAAAUGAAGUUCGGUAAGGAGUUUUCAUCUCAGAUGGUGCCAGAGUGGCAACAAGCUUACAUGGAUUACGGUUCUCUAAAAAAAAAUCUCAAAGAAAUCAUCGGGUUCAAACUCGGACAACCGGCCGAUGCAUUGCCUACUCGUGGUGGCGCCAAUAAUCACCACGGCGGAGGAUUACACCGAAGAAUGACUUUGUACAAGACGUUUAGCGGUUUACUCUCGAUUCAGGGAAGACAAAGACGCGGCCAUUCUCACGAUGUGGAGGAAGGGUUACAGAUGAUGGCGACCACUGGGCCGAUUCUGGUGGAGACCAACGCUGACGGCAGCUAUGAAACUACGUUCCUGAUGGUGAAUGAGAAAGGAGGAGAGUACGAGUUGGUGUUUUUCCGGAGACUGGAUGAGGAGUUCAAUAAAGUGAGUAAGUUUUACAAAGAGGAAGUUGAUAAAGUGUCGAAAGAGGAGAAGGAGCUUAACAAACAGAUGGAAGCUUUUAUAGCAUUUCGUGCUAAAGUUGAGAAUCAAGAAGGGAGUGGAUGGCGAUUGCAGGAACGUGGGGUUGAGUUCACUCGAUUGACUUCCAACAUCGCUACUUCCGCAGCGGCUAUCUAUGCUUCUUCUCCCGCGGGUGCUAAGUCCAAGGAAGUUGGAAGUCAAGCUCAUAUGGAGACAGUAGAGGAAGGAGAGUCGAGCAGAGCUGGGAAACUAAAAGAUGAUGAAGAAGCAGAAGUUAAUGGAGCUAGAGAAGAGUCCGAUGAAGUGAAUAAGAGCAGGACGAGAGCAGCGAGACCAGCUCCGUUAGAUAUUCUGGAUGGAGUGAGGAUCAACAACACCAUAGACACACCUCGUUCCACCUUUAGAGGAAUUCUCAAAGUAUCAAAGCCGACCGAGUUAAUAUAUAACAGAGAAAAUCUGAAGAAAGCCGAGCAGAUGCUCAUAGAAGCUUUCAGCGUGUUUUAUCAAAAGCUUCGGCUUCUCAAAAGCUACAGCUUUUUGAAUGUAAAGGCGGUCUCGAAGAUAUUGAAGAAGUACGAUAAGAUAACUUCGAGGGAUGCAACAAAGCCUUACAUGAAAAUGGUUGAUAGUUCAUACCUGGGAAGCUCUGAUGAAGUUGUACGACUCAUGGAGCAUGUUGAAGCUACAUUCAUAAAACAUUUUGCAAAUGCUAAUCGAACCAAAGGAAUGAACAUUUUACGGCCUAAAGCAAAACGAGAGAGACACAGACUUACAUUCUCCACUGGUUUCUCGGCUGGAUGCAUAUUCUCUCUUAUAGUGGCUCUUGCCGCGAUCAUUCGCACUCGAAAUCUCUUGCAGGAGGAAGGCCAGGCGCAAUACAUGGAUACUAUGUUCCCACUUUAUAGCUUGUUCGGUUUUAUUGUGUUGCACAUCAUCAUGUUUGCGGGAAAUAUAUACUAUUGGAGGCGAUACAAAGUAAACUAUUCCUUCAUAUUUGGGUUCAAGGAAGGAACUGAACUGGGUUACCGACAAGUCCUCCUUGUGGCGUUCAGCACUGGCGUCCUUGCAUUGCUUUGUGUUCUUGCAAAUCUUGACAUGGAGGUAGAUCCUGUAACAAAAGACUAUCAAGCAUUCACCGAACUUCUUCCUCUGAUACUACUUCUUGGUAUAUUUGCGGUUCUAGUCAUGCCAUUCAACUUCUUUUACCGGUCCAAUCGCAUAUUCUUCCUCACUUGUCUGCUUCAUUGCAUGGCCGCUCCUCUUUACAAAGUAACAUUGCCUGAUUUCUUCCUGGGAGAUCAAUUAACUAGCCAGGUUCAAGCUUUACGAAGCAUCGAGUUCUACAUCUGUUACUAUGGUUGGGGCGACUUCAGACACCGAAACAACACUUGUAACAAGUCUGGUGCGUACAAAGGUUUCUUCUUCAUUGUUGCUGUCAUCCCUUAUGUCUCUCGCCUCCUUCAGUGCCUCAGACGGCUGUUUGAAGAGGAAAACCCGGAGCAAGGAUGGAACGGACUCAAGUACUUCUUGACUAUAGUGGCAAUCUGCUUGAGAACUGCUUACAGUAUCCAGCAAGGUCAAAUCGCUUGGAGGGUUUUAGCAGCUAUCUCUUCAGCUGCAGCUGCCAUAUUCUGCACUUACUGGGACUUUAUCCAUGAUUGGGGUCUUCUAAAGCGGACAUCCAAAAACCGCUGGCUUCGAGAUAAACUCCUCAUUCCUCAAAAGAAAGUAUACUUCAUCGCGAUGAUUUUGAAUGUCCUGCUGAGAUUUGCAUGGAUUCAAACGGUUAUGGACUUCAACUUCUCAUUCAUGCAUAAACAGACGACGGUUGCUGUUGUUGCUAGUCUUGAGAUCAUUCGUCGUGGUAUAUGGAAUUUUUUCAGGUUAGAGAAUGAGCAUUUGAACAAUGUCGGGAAAUACCGAGCCUUCAAGUCCGUUCCAUUACCAUUCAACUACGAUAAAGAUGAAGACAAAGACGAUUAGUACUUUCAGAAGAAGUCAAUAUACUCUUUAAUUACCAAAACUGUUUACACUGUCUUAUCUUUUCUGUUCUUCACUUUUUAUUUUGUGUCACAUGAAAAAUGUAAGGGAGGAUUAUAAACAUAAGGUUCGAUCUCUAGUGUUAAAUUGUGUAGAAAAAAUAUAGUAUCUUCAAACUCUUCA